UCCUGAGGGGAGCUUGUUUACCCCUCAGACUUCGCCUGCGGGGGAGAGAAGCGACGCGGCCUUUUCUUCUACCGUUUUCCUGCCGGGCAGCCGACUAGGCCCGCGAGCCGAAAUGCAGGAUAACCACAGCCUUUGCAAGCAUGAGAUAUGGAACACCUGGGCAUGGUGAGAACUGAGCAAGAGCCCUCUUCUGUUGACCUUGAUACAAGAAAUGCUCCCAAGUCUCAUGACUAUCAGUUAAGUAAUAACAGCAGCAGUCCCUUGCCCAACCCAAAGGGCGCCUCCAGUUUCUCAGGGAAAACUGGCCCUUCCGUAAUUUCUGGCCAGGUUGGUCUGCUGCCUUCCUUCAUGCAAGACAUUCAAAGGAGGGGUGACUUGGAAUUAUUGAGCUGUGAGACCAGGUGGUUACAAUUGUUCAGACUGGUGGAGAAGCAAUGCCAAGACCAGAUAGCUGCCCAACAAAAAGUGUUCCAUUAUCAACUCCAUGGCAUACAGAAUGAAAUCAGGCACUUGGUGAAACUGCAAAGCCAGAAUGUGGGCUCGUGCACCAGGCAACUCUCUCCAGUCAAACUUGCAAACAGUUUCUCUCCAUUAAAAAGUCCGAUGGGGCUGCAGUCUGAACCCUUUGAAGAAGAUGAGCUCUUUGCCCAUCCGCUCAAAUCCAGCCACACUGAGAGUCAGCCGGAAGCAUCGGCCGGGCACCAGGAGUGCCUUGCGAACGGUGUGUCGAUGAGCAGCGGGUACGGCACCUGUUCUCCUGCAGGACUGAGCCCUAGCAAAUGUAAGGACGUUCAGAUGUGCAUGGGAAGCGCAGCAGAGAGCACCGGAGGACGCGAUGGCGCAUCAUCAGUGCGGGAGGGAUUAAUUGCAGCCAGUAUUCAAAACCAAGUGUGCACCCAAACACCUGUUGAACAUUGUCCACCGCUAAAGGAUGAUGAUAUAGUUUUUCCCUCUGAAUUUGAGCAUAUGAUUCAUGAAGGUCAGUGUGGAAAAACGAAUUGUAAAUCUUUAACAUCAUGGGCUCAAAAGCUGAAACAAAACCAAGUGAAGAGAACAAAUGUGGAAGAAGGUGAUGCGCAUUCUGUGCAAGGAAAAGAGCAAACACGGACCUUGGGGAAUACUAACCCUUCUGCUGCUGUUUCGCCAUCUUAUACUUUUUACCUCAAUCAACCAAAUGGAAGCCAGAAUUCUUUAGCGUCUGAUAUUUCAGGACUGACAUACUGGAAACUAGAUGAGAGAGAGAUGUACCACACUUUGCCUGAGAAUCUUGGAAAUGAAUUCAGCACCUUCCAAAGAAAGGUGUCCUCGGAGCAGUUGUCUUCUGGUGAUGAGAUGAAGCCAUCGUCCUUAAAGGACAUUUAUCAUAAGAAACAGAGGGAGAGUAAGCUGCUUACAGACUGGAGCCUUUCCCCAUCACAAUCAACUCACCCCCCUGAGGUCCUAACCCUGGACCCGACGCUGCAUAUGAAGCCAGGCCAGCAGAAUCCAGGACUUACUUCCCCCUGCUUCUAUGGAAACCCUGAGAGGGUUUCCUUUUCUCCAGACUCUAUGGCAGGCCCUCCUUUUUCCGUUCCUUCAGACACAGACUCAUUUUCCCACAUGAGCACAGUAACGUCACCUCCGUCUGCUGGGUCACCCAGAUUCACUGCUGGGGGAGCGGCUUUGCACAUUGACCCCUGGGAUGCGUGCAUGUUCCAGGAUGAAGCCAACCCCUGCGGUUCUUCUGAUCUAAGCCAUGAGAUCUUCAACAUUGAGGACGAGGACAACUUAACGCUCACCCCGCCUUCAGCCCCCCAGUCCCAGGGUCUGUCUGCGGAGAACAGCUUGCCAGAAUGCCAUGUUCCGGUGAUGUGUGUGGAAGAUCCUGUGGUGUUCUCCAAGAUUAGGCAGAAUUUGCGGGAGAAACAUGCCCGACAUAUUGCUGAUCUACGGGCUUAUUAUGAUUCAGAAAUUCAAAGCUUAAAACAGCAGCUGGAGGCAAGCCAUAAACCUCCUUCGGAAGACUGGGAGCACAUCAAUCAAAGCCUUGCUGACAGAUGUGACCAGUUAGAGGCAGCAUUGAAUGAAGCUAAUAAUCGCGUGCGGGGCCUUGAGAAUAAAAACAACACUCUGGAAAUGGAGGUGAUGGACUGGAGGGAGCGUUUUAGUGCCGUCAGCAAUACAACCAAGGCCUUGCAGGAGCGCCUUGAAGAAAUGCGCUCUGGCAGCAAAGAGAAAGAUAACACCAUCAGUCGUCUCAAGAGGAGGCUUAAAGAUUUAGAAGAAGCCUUUGAAAAAGCCUACAGGCUCUCGGAUAAUAAAGAUGCCAGAUUAAAGGAAGAAAAUAAAAUGUUUCAAAAUCUUUUAGGAGAAUAUGAGUCCCUUGGGAAAGAACAUGAGAGAGUAAAGGAUACUUUAAAUAUAACAGAGAACCAUCUGCUGGAUGCCGACACACAGAUUUCUGAUUUGAAAAGAACGGUCUCCAAACUUGAAGCUCAGAUCAAGCAGUUAGAACAUGAAAACGUGCUCCAAUUCCGCCAUCUUGCAGACAGUCCCUUCAGAACAUCGUAUGUCAACAGCAAAUUAGCAAGCUGUGAUGUGAGCAGACGGAAAUGGUUGAUACCAGGCUCUGAGUACUCCAUCUUCACAGGCCAGCCUUUGGAAGCCCAAGAGAGUCCCAAAGAUAACAGGCUUGAAGAAGCAGACGUGGCGGCGCACAGACGCCAGUCGCCUCCAGAAAAGGAUUCCUCUUCGGAUCCCUCACGACCCAAUGAGACAUCAAAGAAGGAAAGCAAAGGCCCGGAAACGCCCAUCCUAAAAGCCUUCAGAGAACUCGAAGAGAGGAAGGCAUUGAAAAAAUGGGGCCCUCAGACAGCGAAAGAGGAGGAAGAGGAGGAGGCGGCCGCACCGACAAAAGCAAGCUCUCGGCGGCCAACAGUUGGAUUUGACGAAACAGCUCUCAGCGCCUCUCGGUCCCCCGAGAAAGGCAGAGACCAACUCAGACACAAAAGAUACAGCUCACCAAGUGGCCAGAGGUCCUCGUCUCUCCCGCCUUCACACCGGAAGUCAAAUGCCCCAACAACGAGAGAGAUCAUGCUGGCUCCGGUUGCUGUGACCUACAGCCCCAAACGCUCUCCGAAAGAGAACCUCUCUCCGGGAUUCAGCCACUUGCUCAGGCAAAGGGAGAACAUGAUGACAAGAUUUGAUAUUCAUCUUGAUGACUUGGAAACUGUUUCCUCGCCUGCAGCACAAUACAGCAACCCACGGAAAAGGCUUCAGUUUCGCUCAGCAGGUGAUACAGAAGAGCUGCAGCCCGCCAGCUGUGCCAAGCCUUCCUCUUACCCGGAUCCUUUGCGUGGGGGAGCAAAGAAAGGCGGGGCGAGGCGGGCAGCUUGGCAAGAGCCGAGUUCUGCACAGCCGGGCGAUCCGGUCCUCCCGUCAGCAGCCCCUUCUUCUGAGGUCGAGUUCCAGGAUGCUCCAAGGAUUAAGACCCUGGCUGAAACGGAGAGACUCUUCGAUGAGCUCACGCAGGAAAAGCAGCAGAUUGAGGCCCAGUUGAGCCGAAUACCAUGUGCUGGAGGAAGAAUGGUUCUGCAGGCAAGACUCAAUCAGGAAGCCUUGGAAGAUCGCUUGGAAAGGAUUAAUAGAGAACUGGGCUCCAUCCGCAUGAUUCUGAAGAGAUUCCAUGUUUUACAUACCUCUGCAAAUAUUUAAGAGGUCUCCCUUUAAAUUUAGAUAUCCUUUUGUUUGCACUAAAAGUAUAAUAAUUAUGCACUCUGAAAAUGCAAAAUUGUUUUGUAAUUUUGUAAACCCUCUGCAGCAGUUUUGAAAUCAUGUUGUCCUUUACACAUGACAAUAUUUUGUAUUGAGCCACAUAUAUUUUAAAAAACAACACUAUUUUUGUUACACCUGAAGGAAUCAAUCUGUCAAUUCUGUAUUUUGCUACUUUUGAAGAAGUGUUAAUAGUUUUUCUGAAACAGCAGAUGCGAAUUCUUUAUAAGAAUAGAGAAACCAAAAGGCAGCUUGUUUUCAAAGGUUCAUCAUGUUGAAAUUGCUUUUGUGUGGUACACUGUGCUCACCAUUUUUAUAGAGUUGGUACCCUGUCUUGUAAAGUAAGUUAUAAAGUGUUGAAUUUUUAUUUAUGCUAAACAUGACCCAUAGUGUCCUGUGAACACUCCCCAGCUUGUAGUUCACAGAUUGCAUCUCGUUUCAUAAUCUCCUCUUGCUCAGUUGUAGCACAGUGCUUUCAACAAAUGCAUUAGUCCAGGCCGGGUAGUUUAUUUAAAUAUUUGUAUAAAUGCAUAUCGAAUUAAGAGAGAAACACCCCCCCCCCAAAAAGUUUCUCUUAUUUUAAAAACAAUGUUUUUGUUUUAUUUUGCAUGUUUGUUGCUGAAUAUUAAAACUUGUCUAAAAUGAA